UCAGUAUCUUCCAAUGUUCAGAGGGCUAGGCACAUUCCAAGAAUCUUAUGAAAUCAAGCUGAAGUCAGGGGCUAAACCCUUAGCUCUGUUCACCCCAAGGAACGUCCCACUGCCUCUCAGACAGAGAGUCCAAGAAGAAUUAGUCCGGAUGGAGUCUUUGGGAGUCAUCUCAAAGGUGGAUCAGCCAACAUCAUGGUGCGCUGGAAUGGUCGUAGUUCCAAAGAAAUCAGGGGCGAUUCGUAUUUGCGUUGACUACAGGCCACUGAAUGAGAGUGUUUUGAGGGAAGUCUACCCUCUUCCAAAAGUUGACCACACACUGGCUUGUUUGGCCGGAGCUACGGUAUUUAGCAAGUUGGAUGCCAACUGUGGGUUUUGGCAGAUUCCACUGGCCGAGGAAUCCAGACCGCUCACCACAUUCAUUACGCCGUUCGGGAGAUUCGCCUUCAACAAACUACCUUUCGGUAUAUCUAGUGCGCCUGAGCUGUUCCAGCGGCUCAUGAACGGCAUCUUAUCUGGCCAAAAAGGAGUCCUUUGUCACAUGGAUGACGUCCUAGUUUUCGGACGCACACAAGAAGAGCACGACUCCCGACUCCACGCUGUCCUGCAGAAACUGCAGAAGUCUGGAUUAACCCUAAACCGCACGAAAUGCGAGUUCAACAAGGAGCGUCUGACGUUCUUGGGGCAUGUAAUUGGUGCACAGGGUAUUUCCCCAGAUCCCCAGAAAACGGAAGCUGUCCUGAAGAUGGCACAACCUACCACAGCAACGGAACUACGGAGAUUCAUGGGUAUGGUCAAUCAGCUCAGCAAGUUUACCCCACACAUCGCCGAAUUGUCAAAGCCUCUUCGUGAGCUUCUGAGCAGUAGGCGGUCAUGGGUGUGGGGACCGUCCCAAUACGACGCUUUCUCAAAGGUCAAGAAGGAAUUGACUACACCGAAAGUUUUAGCUUUAUACGACCUGGAAAAGACAACAAAAAUCUGUGCAGACGCCUCUGCUUAUGGGCUGGGAGCAGUUCUUCUGCAGCAGCAUCAACCAGCAGUGUGGAAACCCGUCGCCUACGCCUCCCGGUCCAUGACCGAGACAGAACAGAGAUAUUCUCAAAUUGAGAAGGAGAGUCUGGCUCUUGUGUGGGCGUGCGAGAAAUUCUCAGAUUACGUUAUUGGGAAGUCUAUCCAGUUAGAGACUGACCACAAGCCCUUGGUCCCUCUACUUGGCACAAUGAGCCUCGAUCGACUCCCACCGAGAAUCUUGCGAUUUCGAUUACGUCUGACACGGUUCGACUACAAAAUAUCCCAUGUUCCGGGGAAGCUCCUAUAUACGGCGGACACACUCUCUCGCGCACCUGUGACCCCUGCAGGGGAAAAUGAUAAAAACGAAAAGAGUGCGACAGAGUCGUUUGUUGAAGCCUUUAUCUCGUACCUUCCUGCAAAUGAAGACCGUCUGGAUGCAUACCGGAGAGCCCAACAGGAAGACCCUAUUUGCUCGGAGGUAAUGACAUAUGUCAUGCAGGGAUGGCCCACCAGAAACAAAAUUAAGGGAGACCUCGCUCGAUACUGGGCAGAACGCGGAGAGCUCAGCACCCAUGACAACCUACUACUGUAUGGCAGCCGCAUUGUGGUUCCAAAGAAAUUGCAGAGAGAGACAUUGCAGAAAAUACAUCAAGGGCACCAAGGCAUUCAGAAAUGUCGCCAAAGAGUUUUAUCCUCAGUAUGGUGGCCCGGGGUAACCAAAAACGUUGAAGAAUUCGUCAAGGCAUGUCCUGAUUGUCAGCGAUCCACCCCCACUGCCACCGAACCUCUUCUGUCAACCCCUCUCCCUAACCACCCUUGGGAACGUGUUGCAGCCGACCUGUUUGAGUUGAAAGGGGUUUCACAUCUCCUUGUAGUAGACUACUAUUCCAGAUACGUAGAAGUUCAGAAACUGACCACUACUACCUCGACAAAUGUUGUUACCGCUCUGAAAGCCAUCUUCUCUCGCCACGGCGUUCCAAUCACGUUUGUGAGCGACAACGGACCACAGUUUGACUCAAAGGAGAUGAAACACUUUGCUGCAGCUUAUGGCUUUAAUCAUGUAACUAGCAGCCCACACUACCCGAGGGCCAAUGGAGAAGCAGAGAGAAGCGUGAAAACCGUUAAGAGCUUGCUAGAUCACUCUCCUGACCCGUAUAUGGCCCUACUCAGUUAUCGGGCGACCCCUUUGCCAUGGUGCGGUCUUAGUCCUGCAGAACUCCUGAUGGGGCGACGUAUACGAACAGAUGUUCCACAGAUGAGAAAACUGCUCAUUCCUGACUGGCCCCAUACGAGGGAUUUCAAAAUGCUGAACGAGAAGUACAAGGAAGGACAGAAACGCCAUUAUGACCAACGUCACCGAGCCAGACUUCUACCGGAGCUACCAGAGGACACUAUAUCCCUAGGAAGGGAGAUGUAG